CAACAGCAGCAUUUGUAGUGUUCCGAUUCUAGCAGCAGUGAUAUUAUACCAAUCAAAUCAUCAAAACUACUUAUAAGUAUAAUUAGAGAUAAUUCAAAAGUUGCUGUGGACUAUACAACAUCUUAUCGGCCUUUUUAAUUUUAAUUGUGAAUUAGUACUAAAAAUGAGUGAAGAACUGACAAAAGAGCAAACAGCUUUGCUGCGAAAUGCCUUCAAUGCAUUCGACCCAGAAAAAAAUGGAUACAUUAACACUGCUAUGGUGGGUACUAUACUUAGCAUGCUUGGUCACCAAUUAGAUGAUGCCACUUUGGGCGAAAUUAUUGCUGAGGUGGAUGAAGAUGGCUCUGGUCAGAUUGAAUUCGAAGAAUUCACAACUUUGGCGGCGCGUUUCCUAGUUGAAGAGGAUGCUGAAGCGAUGAUGGCGGAGUUAAAGGAAGCUUUUCGAUUGUAUGAUAAGGAGGGAAAUGGAUAUAUAACAACAGGCGUGUUACGCGAAAUUCUUCGAGAAUUAGAUGACAAACUUACAAAUGAUGAUUUAGAUAUGAUGAUUGAAGAAAUUGACUCGGAUGGAUCGGGUACUGUGGACUUUGAUGAAUUUAUGGAAGUUAUGACUGGUGGCGAUGAUUAAUUUAUCAACGUAUACAUUAAUAUCAAUAAAUAUUGUUUUCAGUUUCGAAA